UAGCAAUCGUCUAGCAUGAAACAGUAGAAGUAGAGAAAAUAAUGUGGAACGAAUAUGCGAGUUUUUGCCUUGUCUUUUUUUUAACUUGAUAUGGACUUAAAUGCUUUGUCUUUUUGAAGGAAUAAAAUAGAUGACGUGCAAUUAGCGCUAAAUAUUUCAGGGGUCGAAUAUAUUUCUCAAACACAGUGCCACAUUACAACCCCUUAAGCACUUCAGUCAACCUGCGAUUGCGGUAUAUUACACAUCCUACGAAGUAUACGGUGUCAUAAUAAUGUCUGAGGCCACGACCCCAGGAAGAAAGGGCAACUUGGCAGGAAGUGCCAGAAAAUUAAAGGACAACGCCGCAGACUGGCAUAACUUCAUCCAGAAAUGGGAGCGCUUGAAUGACGACGGAUCCACGAUUGCCACUAAAAUAGUUAAUCUCGGAUUGAGCAAAAAAUCAUCCAAUGAGUCCAAUGUUGUGAUGGAAGGUGACAGCUCACAGACUGGGAGUCUCUCAGAGAUCAGUCUGAAACAGAGCAACCAAGAGCUUGAGGAAGAAUGCAACAAAUUACAGGAUGUUGUGGACAAAAUGGCAAAUAUACUGUCAAAGAUGGAGAAGAUGGUCCUUGCUGAGCGUGGGAUCUGUGCACUUGAAGCAUUCCAGUAUGGAGAGAAAGGAAAACCAGCACCACUGUUCCACACUUGGUCUACACAACAGUUUGCUGAAGUGUCCUCCAAGCUUUAUGAGUCAUACAAGCAGGAGUUGGCCCUAAAGCAGACAAUACUACAGGAAUUAGCCCACACUGUGAAUACUGACCUCACCAUGGUCUAUCUCUCAUCUUGGCAAUAUCAACCCUAUAUUGAGGACAGUGGAAAACUGCUACUAGAAAGUUUGCUGUUGGAAACGGGUCACAGAUCCCUGUAAUUC